AUGAGCAAAGUUCGAGUAAAUGUGGUCGAUAACAAUGAUCCUCAUGGAAUGGAUGCAACCAAAAAUCCAUCCUCUUCCAACAACACAUCAGAGGCCGAUCAAGAAGAAGGCAACGAAGAAUUUAUUGAAGUCGGUCAUGUGGAAUUAUUACUCGAAUUUUUGAGACUUUUAUGUGAAGGUCACAAUCUGGAAAUGCAAACCAUUCUCUUGCAUCAACCCAACAAUAGUUUCAAUGUAAAUAUCAUUCAUGAAAGUAUGGAAUAUUUGGUGGCAUUGGAAAAGAAAAUUGACUUUGACAACAUUCAAAUCGCUAUUCAAGCUUUCAGAACUUUCACAGAAUUUGUUCAAGGACCAGCAACUGUAAUUCAACAAACAUUGGGAACUUCACCAAGAUUUUACUCUCGAUUGGUGAAUGAAAUUCUUUCAAAAACCUAUGAAGAUGGUAAUUUAUUGAAACAACAAGAAGUCAUUUUGAAAAAAGAAGUCGUCUUGACACUCACCAGUUUAUUGGAAGGAAGUAACACUCAAAAUUUAUUGGAGAUUAUGAGAAAUUCUCUCAAUUUGGAAGAGUUGGAACAGUUAUUAUUAUUCACUGCAAGAUUUUUGCGAUCCUUGCAAUCUGAAUCACAUCACGAUCGUGCCACGGAUGAGGUCGAUGAAGUGGUACAACGUCUCCGAAAAGAUUUUGACACUCAUUUCCUCUAUGAAGCCACACGUGAUAAAUUGAAUCCAGUUGUGGCCGAGGAUUACAUUAGUGCCGUAUUUCCAAUGAUUAGAGAUGCCUACGAAGAGUUGGGAAUGCAAAUUUUCUUUUUAAUGAAUAUUUUCAAAGAUGCGGAACGUGAACAAUUGCGAAUUCUCUCACGAAAUACAUUUUUGGAAGAACACAAAACUCUCAAAGUCACAAACUUUUUGAAUUUACAUCAAGAUUUGCUGAGUAUAUUUUCUGAACACACAGGUAGUAUUGAAGUAUUGAGAAAUAAUAAUAUCGAAACAGUUUACUUUCCCAUUCCAAGAAUUUGUGAAAAUUUAAUGGAUAAGGCACGUCAUGAUUAUGUACAUUCACUUCCAAUCAUGACUCCAGAAGAAAAGUGA